AACCAAACACACCAGAGAGAUAUAGAAGAGCAAAGAGCCUAAGAUCAAAUUAAGGAUGGCUUCCUCCUCUUCCUUCCUUCUCCUCGCUGCUCUUCUUGCACUGGUCUCAUCACAGGUUAUCGCCUCCGAUCCUAGCCCUCUCCAAGACUUCUGUGUCGCUGAUAAGAAUUCUCCAGUGCUUGUCAAUGGGUUUGUUUGCAAAAAUCCGAUGUACGUGAACGCGGAUGACUUCUUCAAGGCUGCCGAACUCGACAAGCCUAGGAUGACCAACAAGGUUGGUUCCAACGUCACCUUGAUCAACGUCAUGCAAAUCGCUGGCCUCAACACCCUUGGCAUCUCCAUAGCACGCAUUGACUACGCACCUUUAGGCCAAAACCCACCGCACACGCACCCUCGUGCCACUGAGAUCCUCACGGUGCUCGAGGGGACACUAUACGUCGGUUUCGUCACGUCAAACCCAGACAACAAGUUCUUUUCCAAGGUGCUCAACAAAGGUGAUGUUUUCGUGUUCCCUGUGGGGCUCAUCCACUUUCAGUUCAACCCCAAUCCAUACAAACCAGCUGUUGCAAUAGCGGCACUCAGCAGCCAAAACCCUGGGGCUAUCACCAUUGCCAAUGCGGUGUUUGGAUCCAAACCGCCAAUCUCAGAUGAUGUUUUGGCCAAGGCAUUUCAAGUGGAGAAGGGGACAAUAGACUGGCUCCAGGCUCAAUUCUGGGAGAACAACCACAACUGAAUCGAGCCUUAAGGGAUCAUGAAAGAUCUAUAUGUUUGUACUAUUGCAAGUGACUUGCUUUAAUUUCUAGAUGUGUUAAGAUAUAUUGUGCUAGCUAGUGCUUCUCUAUCAUCUGCGACAUUGAAUAAUUAUCGAUAUGGAGUUUUGUGAGAGACUGCUA